AUGAAGGUGAUAGAUACCCACUCGCCAAAUAAAUUGCAUAUUUAUAUGGAUGAUGUAGCCAGUUCAGUUAUUGAUGAAGACCAAGCUGUACAAGCUACUAAACAGCUGCUGGAUUUGUUCUUGAAAGGUGGAUUCCAACUGGCAAAGUGGUCGUCAAAUUCUACAGCUGUUCUGAAAGAAAUACCGAAAGAACUACAUUUGUCCCAAAGUGUCACCUUCGAUGAUGAUACAACGUUGAAGAUUUUAGGUCUACGUUGGUAUUCUGGUGAAGAUGUAUUCAAGUUCAAGAUGGAGAUUGAAGCGUUAACUGAGAAACCCGACGAGGCAUAUGCGGACCGGGAGCAGUUUGAAAGCCAGUUCUUUGUGUUGGUGUCGACUGCUCGACUUCUUUUGAGUCCUACGGUGCACUCGAGCGGCGGUCGGCCCGGGCCCGGGUCCACGGCUUCCACGUCGUGCGGCGCCGCCCGGCAAGACUUCGUUCGGCUGCCCAAGCUUGACCUGCCUCACUUCGAUGGGAACUAUCAGCAUUGGCUCGGCUUUAGAGAUACCCCCACUGAGACUUCCGGUCUACUGUCCUCAGCGUUGGUGCACGUGAGUGACGCGAAUGGAGUACUUCGUGAUGCGCGUCUACUCCUGGACAACGGUUCUGCUUCCAACUUCGUGACGCAGGAUCUGUGCAGGCAGCUUGGGUUAGCGACACGCAGCGCCGGAGCUACGAUCACAGGUAUCAAUGAGCAAUCUUCACAUUGUCCGGAGUCGGAGUCUUGUGAUAUUACAAUUCAUUCACUUCAUAGUAACUAUACGACGACCGUAAAAAUAAACCUCUGUCCUCUGUCCUCAGCGUUGGUGUACGUGAGUGACGCGAAUGGAGUACUUCGUGAUGCGCGGCUACUCCUGGACAACGGUUCUGCUUCCAACUUCGUGACGCAGGAUCUGUGCAGGCAGCUUGGGUUAGCGACACGCAGCGCCGGAGCUACGAUCACAGUCAAGGCUCUUCACUUGGAACUUGUCACAAGUCUUACGACAGAGUCGUUCCUUGCUGCUCUCCGCCGCUUCAUGAGUCGUCGGGGAAAGCCUCAAACUCUGUAUUGUGACAACGGGACUUCGUUUGUCGGGGCAUCAAACGAACUUACUAACUUUUUAAAACAAAAUCAUGAUAAGCUGCAGUCAGGUAUGGCAGAAAACCUUAUUAACUUCAAAUUUAGCCCGGCUUACUCACCGCACUUCGGCGGACUUUGGGAAGCCGCAGUAAAAUCAACAAAAUAUCAUUUCAAACGCAUUCUAUCUCUUACACACUUAACGUAUGAAGAAUUAAAUUGUUGCCUGAUUCAGAUUGAAGCUUUUCUAAGUUCUAGACCCCUUACCCCCUUAUCUUCUGAUCCAUCUGAUCUGACCUACCUAUCGCCCUCUCAUUUCCUUAUUGGACGUUCUCUUCUGUCAGUCCCAGAAAAACCUCUGACUGAAGAAUACAUCACACGGCUUGAACGGUUCCAGAUAGUUGAAAAACUCAAGCAGCAUUUCUGGAGCCGCUUUUCUAAUGAGUAUGUUACUCUCCUCCAGCAGAAGACGAAGUGGCACACCUCAACGGACCAACUGCAAGUCGGGACUAUGGUCUUAGUCAAGGACCGCGCACUUCCUCCUCUCCUGUGGCUGCUGGGACGCGUCACGAAGCUGUACCCGGGCACGGACAACGUCACCAGAGUCGCCGACAUACGGACGAAGAAAGGAGUCAUCCGUAGGGCUUAUAAUAACUUGUGCCCCCUCCCUAUUACAUAGUUUAUUUUUUAACUUUAAUAUUUCU